ACUCCACCUCUCACGUAUUUCUUCUUCACCUCUCCCUCCAGGUCUGCCUCACUUUGUCUCAGUUUUUCACACAGAGCGAUUGAAGAUGUCCCGGACGUCUGCGACCCUCCUGGCUCUCCUGGCAGUGCUUCUGGCACUUUCCUUGUCCCAAGAGGCAGACUCUGCAGCUGUGCCCAGCAGCAAGGGCAGCGCUAAAGACCCACAAGGUCCGAUGAAGAGGAUCUUCAUGAAAGAGGCAGAUGCCUCAAACUUCUUCAGGAAACGCAGCAGACGGGGGGCCAAGUCUCAGGAUGAGAUCAACGCUGAGCAGAGGCAGAUCUUAGCUGCAGAUGAGCGAAAAAGAGAGUUUCACGAGGAGAAGAGAAAUGAGUUUGAGAACUAUGCAGAAGAGGAGAACGAUGAACAAGACGAGAGGACCAGAGAGAGCACGGAGCAGUGGAGGGAGUUCCACUACGAUGGGAUGCAUCCUCCUCAGGAGUACAACCGUCACUCCACCUGAGACGGGGAGGAGAGGGUGAUACUGAGGAGAUGAUCGUUUUCAUUAAAGGCAUUAAACCUAAUAUGAGGGGAAGGCAUCUUUUCAUGUUUUCCACUUACAUUUUAUGAAUGCAAAAAGCACCGAAGUGCAAAACUUUAUUACAUGACAGAACAUAUUUGUUUAUAUUAAGUACUAUGGAUAAACAAAUGUCUUCAAUAGUGACUAUUUCAUAACAUGCAUGAUGACUUCAUCAUCACAGCAAAGGAAGAAAUACAAUGGAUCUGUAACAUAUUUAGUUUAAAAAGAACCCAAUAAAUAAUUUUUUCAGUUAUACCGAAUGGUGAAGUUCCUGAUGAUUGGGGCGAUUUUUUGCAGAAAGAUUUGCAAAACUUCAAUAACCCAAAUCCAAAAUGACUUGGGGUUGAGUACUGUAUAAAAGGGCUGUCAACACCAAUCACUGAUCUAGGCGUUACGAUAGACAGUAAGUGAUAUAAGUAUUGAGAUGAUUUAAGUGUUUUUUUAAGCUGUUAUGUGCAAAGACUUAACAGAAUUAAGUGUGAAUAUAUAGGCCUACUGUAUUUACCCAUAUUAACUAUAGCCUGUAUUUACUCACCUUUCACGCUAACAGUAUUAUCUUUUAGCGUAAUAAAAACCAUGUAUGCAAACAUAUUUUUGAUGUGAAAGUGUACAAACUUGUACUUAUGACAUAUUGAUUUACAGACAAAGAAGCAGCGACACAUGCAAACAAGCCUCUUUUUUUAAUACAUAAAUCUCUACAAAUCCAAAGCACAUUUCUUCAACAAUAUGUAAUACAUGCAUACUGAGGGGCCUUCAAAGCUUCAUAUUUUGCGUUCUGUUAUUUUUUGCGGGGAAAAACAGGGAAGACAAAAAUAAACA